AUGGCUGUUCCUGUGCCAGAUCCUGUCUACGUUUUACGAGGAACAGACAGUGGCAUUAAUACGUUGUGCUUUCAGUGUUCAAACGCAGAUCCAGAUUUUCCCAUUCUUUACUCAGGAUCUUCUAACGGGCUGAUCCAUAUCUGGAAUCUGAAGACACGGCGAGCCUGUAGUAGCCUAAACGGCCACGGCGGGAAAUCGGUGUAUUGUGUGAAAACAUUACCCAACAGAAGAAAUGGACUUCUGAGUCAGGGCCGUGACCAGAACAUCUGCCUGUGGGACUUAUCUGAAGGAAGGAACGUGGUCACUGAAACUCUUUUCACCGACAACGUUGGGUUCUGCAAAUGUUCCCUCUCUGAGGUGACGGAGAAACGGUCCCUCCUGGCCACCCCAUGGAAAGGGUUAGACGAGGUUCACGUUCUGGAGCUGCCAUCCAAGACACCCAUCUGUACCUUGAAGGCAGAGGCCGAUGCCAAGCUGGGCCUGCCCAUGUCUCUGAGGAUCUGGCAGCCCAGCGCUGGCUCUCAUCCUCGCCUUCUGGCCGGCUACGAGGACGGGUCGGUGGUUCUGUGGGAUUUGUCGAUGGGCCGAAUCUUGAGUCGGAUCACCUGUCAUCAGGAGCCGGUCAUGAGCCUUGACUUCGAUUCGGAGAAGGCCAAGGGAGUGUCCGGUUCCUCAGAGAAGAAACUUUGCGUCUGGAGCCCCACCGGGCUGGAGAACCUGGAGCUUCAACAAACAUACCAGCUCACCAACCCUGGGAUCUCCGAGGUGACUCUACGUCAAGACAAGAAGAUCUUGGCAACAGCCGGCUGGGAUCACCGCAUCCGUCUCUUUGGCUGGAAGAAGCUAAAGCCGUUAGCGGUCUUAGACUACCACACGUCCACAGUCUAUUGUGUAGCCUUCUCAGAUCACAACCAGCCCAGUGAGAGACUAAUGGCAGCUGGCUCCAAGGAUCACCGCAUCAGUGUCUGGUCAAUAUAUAAUCAGACAUGAAAUGAGGACUGGAGAAGACCGACAUUUGCAGAGCUGAAAGAUGAGAGAGAACUAGUUAAUGGGAGGAGAACAUCAACCAGCCACUGUCCUACAGAAUGGAUUCUA